AAUAUUUUCGAAAGCUACUGAAGUCACUAUCGUAAACAGUACGACGAAUUUUUAUUAUCACUCUCACUAGUUCUUAGAGAGGAAAAUGAAGUAUACUAAAAAUUUAGUUAGUGAAACAAGGGAGGAAAUCAUUAGGUUCAUAAAUUCGUUUGACUUUGUUUUGUGCGACAUUGAUGGAGUUUUAUUGUUAGCAACAACCCCACUCACAGGCUCGAAUGACUGUAUCGACAAGUUGAAAGCUCUUGGCAAGCAUAUCGGCUUUGUUACAAAUAACACCAUUACAACAUUUGAAGAAGUCAAACAGAAGCUAAGACAUUUUGAAGCUGCUGACCGAGAAAUUGUCACUCCUGUUCUUGCCGCGUUGGCAUAUCUAAAGAAAAUUCAGUGUCCGAAGGACAUAUUUUGCAUAUGCGGACAUGUGCUGCGAGACUCAUUGAAAGAGGCUGGUUAUAAUAUUGUAGAAAUUAAAAGUGGCGAUUUGAAAGAAAAUAUGGAAUUUUUGAGAGAUACGUGCUUAGAAUUUCUGGAAAAGUCGAAAAGUGUGGGAGCCGUAGUUAUGGAUCUCGAUGUAAACUUUCGAUUAAUACAAGCUGAGGCAGCGAUUUUAUUACUGACUCGGAAUCCCACAAUGCCGUUCUUGGUUGCGGCUACUGACGAAAGUGGGCCACUAACAAAAGAUAUAGAAUUUAUUGGGAAUAAGUUUUAUGUGAACGCUAUAGAAAUGAUAACCAAAAGGGACUGCACGAUUUUGGCAAAACCGAGCAUCGAACUCAAGCAUUAUUUGCAGAAACGAUUUGAAAUCUCUAAUCCGCAAAGAGUGCUGUUCAUAGGUGAUUCGUUGACAUCAGAUAUAACUUUUGCAAAUAGAGCUGGAUUUCAAAGUUUACUGGUUUUGAGCGGCCAGACUAAGCUAGAUGAUCUAGUUAACUGGAAACACGUUGAUGAGAAUAGACCCGACUACUACAUUGAGAGCUUAGAUUGUUUUAGCAAGCUGUUGACAUCAUUAAAUAUAAUUUAGGACCAUACGAUCCAUGGUCUUUAUUAUAGAAAUCAUGAGAAAUGAAUCUUUUUUUUCAGCAAA